GAUGUCAGAACGUGGCGUAACAAUAGCCAUGCCCAUGAGUGCGUUGUGUUCCAAUCCAUGGAGUGGAUAAUAGCAUAAGUUUGAAUGUGGAAAUGUGGGUUUGGUUGGGAAAGUGAAAAAUGUUUGUUCUUAGUAUUCUUGAUGAGCUCGUCAGUUGUAUUAAGCAACAAUUUCAUGUUAUUUAAACACAAGAAGAACCCAAUCGUUGAGUUGGGGAAAAAAAGAAUUCGGCGGCGGCUCAGUGGGUUCAUUUCAAAAGCGGAAAAGCAUAAUAAUAAUAAUAUUAAUAAUAAUAAUUCAAGGAAAAGCAGUUGGUGGCACAAAUUUUUUUCGGAGGAGGAUGGGAAUUGGCUUGGUUUGAAGGAAGAUGAUAUGGUUGAGGUUGAGGUGGAAGAAGAGUCCGAGUCUGAGUCAGUAGAAGAGUUGUCCGAGGAUGAAAAGUUUGAGGCAUGGAAGCAGAGAGCCGAAGCAAUUAUAGAAUUAAGAGAAGCGCAAGAAGAUAAGAGGAACGAAGAGAAUAGGAAAUGGGAAGACUGGCUUUUAGAUGAGGAUAACACUAGCAGCAGUUCCUCUUGGGAGCACGGUGGAACUAAGGAUGAUGAUGUUUCCUCCGAAAAGGGGAUUGUACAGUCUGUCAGGCAUUUGAUUUUUGGAAAAGGGGAAGACGAUGAUGACAUGCUUUAUGAAGACCGUGUUUUCCAGUAUGCUUCCUCAAAGUCGGCUAAAUUCUUGGCACUCUUGAUUAUUAUACCUUGGGCAAUGGACUUUCUGGUUCAUGACUAUGUACUCAUGCCUUUUUUAGAUAGAUAUGUGAAGACUGUACCACUUGCCGCCCAAAUGCUUGAUGUGAGAAGAUAUCAAAAACUUCAAAUGAUUGAGGAACUGAGAAUUGAGAGAGGACGAUUCGAGCUUGAGGUAGAGAUUGGUAAAUCUCCACCUCUCUCUGAUAAUGAGGUUUGGUGGGAAUUGAGGAAUAAAGCAUUAGAGUUGAGAGAUGAGUGGAGACUGGAGAAUCGCAGAGCAUUUGCCAACAUAUGGUCAGAUACAGUUUAUGGGGUCUCUUUAUUUAUUCUUUUGUACUUCAAUAAGAGUAAAGUAGCUUUGCUCAAAUUUACUGGUUAUAAAAUAAUAAACAAUAUUUCUGAUACUGGGAAGGCAUUUCUAAUUAUACUUAUCACAGAUAUUUUCCUAGGGUAUCAUUCUGAAUCUGGUUGGCAAACUCUGAUAGAGAUAAUUGUUGAGCACUAUGGGCUUGAAGUUGAUCAGUCCGCUAUUACAAUUUUUGUUUGCACGUUCCCAGUCAUCAUUGAUGCGUGCGUGAAACUUUGGCUGUUCAAAUUCCUCCCGCGAUUAUCUCCAAAAGUGAUGAGUAUAUUUCAGGAAAUGAAACGUCACUAGAUGAAAAUUUUAUGUCUGGGCAAGUGGAUUCGGAUGUGUGCUCUGGCUUUAUCUACUGAAACGAAUACUUUCAAUUUUUCACCCUAACCUCAUUUUUAUUUGCAUCUCUUGAUAUUGCAGUGUCCAACAUUUUUGUGUAAUAGUGUAUCUGUUCAAUGAGUUCAGCUACUCUCUUUCGCUAAUAAUUGUAGUAUGUAAUAUUCCACGAUGCUAAUUGGCUUUUCAUUCAAUUCAAUUACUAGACAGUUCAAGGUGCUUUA